CUCAGGGCCUGCCCGGACGGGGCGCAGCGGGGACGUGAGCCCCAGGCCUUGGAGGCGGCACGGCCUGGGGAGCCGGGGUGGAUCCGGACCCUUGGCUGGAGCGACCAGGGUUCCCUCGGCUCCUGUUAUUCAAUCCUGCUCAGUACCUUGGCUGUGGCCAUCAGCUGGCAGUUGUCAGGCCCGAGCUGCUUAUUUACUGCCUGCCAGGAGAGCCCCAAUGCCGGCAGGACGCGAGCAAGGGGCAGGGCUGCGAGGGCGGAGGCGGCGGAGCGCUUCCCUGUGUCCCCUCCUGGUGCCCGCGGCACCCGCAGCCCCUAAGUCGCAAGAUAAACACGUCCACACCCUGAGCAGGGCUUAUCUGCUCCCAGCACGUUGCCUCCCGCAAUGCUCAUCAACAGCGAGGAAGAUGGUGAAGGAAACCGGGUACUACGACCUGCUGGGUGUCAGGCCAGGGGCCACCUUGGAUGAGAUCAAGCGGGCGUAUCGGCGCCUGGCGCUCCGAUACCACCCCGACAAGAACCCCAGCGAGGGCGAGCGGGUAGGUACCACGGCACCGGCACCGCCCCAGGUCACCUGGCCCCGCUCACCCUCCUCUUCCUCUCCUCCCCAGUUCAAGCAGAUCUCCCAAGCCUACGAAGUGCUGUCAGACUCCCACAAACGGGCGCUGUAUGACCGCGGAGGGGAGCGGGCCAUGAAGGAAGGCGGCCUGGGCAGCCGAGGAGGGGGCGGCGGAUUCGGCUCGCCCAUGGACAUCUUUGACCUCUUCUUUGGCGGCGGAGUGCGGAUGCGCGGCCGAGGCGACAGACGAGGGAAGACCGUGGUGCAUCAGCUCUCCGUGUCACUGGAAGACCUCUACAACGGCACCACCCGGAAGCUGUCCUUGCAGAAGAACAUCAUCUGCAGGAAGUGUGGAGGCUCUGGGGUCCGGGAAGGUGCCCAGAGGAGAUGUCCCAAGUGCCAUGGCUCAGGCAUGGAAGUCCGCAUCCACCAGCUGGGGCCCAGCAUGAUCCAGCAGAUCCAGACGGUGUGCUCCCAGUGCCAGGGCCAGGGCGAGUGGAUCCGGCCCCGGGACUGCUGCCUCACCUGCAACGGCCGCAAGGUCGUCCGAGAGAAGAAGAUCCUCAGCGUACACCUGGACAAAGGCAUGAAGGACGGGCAGAAGAUCACGUUCCACGAGGAAGGGGACCAAGUACCUGGCUUGGAGCCAGGGGAUAUCAUCAUCGUCUUGGACCAGAAGGAGCACCCAAUUUUCCGGCGCAGCGGUGAUGACCUCAUCGUCAAGAGGGAGAUCAGCCUGGCAGAUGCCCUGUGCGGCUGCCGACAGGUCAUCCGCACCCUGGACAACAGGACUCUGCUCAUCACCUCGCAGCCAGGUGACGUCAUCCGACCUGGGGACCUGAAGUGUGUCCCCAACGAGGGCAUGCCCGUCUACAGGAGCCCCUUCCAAAAGGGCAAACUCAUCCUGCAGUUCCAGGUGAAGUUCCCUGAGCCUGGCUGGCUCCCCACUGAGCGGCUGCGCCAGCUCCAGGCCUUCUUCCCACCCCAGGAGGAGGUGAUGGCCACGGAGGACACAGAGGAGGUAGAGCUCAGUGACUACACAUCCCACAGCGGGUCAGGCCAGCGACCCUACACUGGUGAAGCCUACCACGAAGACGACUUUGAGGAUGGCACGCGCCAACACGUCCAGUGCCAGACCUCGUAGCCGGGGGCCUGCAGCCCCCACGAGUGGCAGCUGAGCUUCUCCCCUGGAGGGGCAAAGGAGCGGGGCAGCUCAGCAGGGAAGGGGGCUUGGAGAGCUGUGAAGUUCAGGGAUGUACAUAGGUCACCUUUCUGACAGCACUUAGCCUCCCUCAUGCUCCCAAGGAGCCGGCGGUGGUGCUGCCUCUGGGUUUGGGGUGUCCCCUCCCCAUGGAGGGGUCGCGCUCGAGGGCAAGGGGAGCACAGGCAGGGCUUGGUGGGGUCAGGAUGCAGCUUGCGUAGAUGGGUCCGGUCGCAGUUAGGCAAAGCGGCAGCUAAUGCCAGCCCACCCGUGCUGGAAGAGGGGCUCAGCACCGUUCAUCACCGGCCCCUGGGGAUGUCCGCGCCUUUCCCACCUGCUCCAGCCUCCACCUUUUCCUGGGAAAGGUGCUGCGGUGCUCCCCGCAAGACUUCACUGUCCACUCCCAUGAAGAUGGGUGCUGUUUGCCUCAGCAGUGGGGAGGGGGCCAGGGCCAGGGCCCUUUUCACCUGCUCUUGAAUGGGGGAAAUCGCCACGUGGGCUCUGGUUGGUGACACGAGGCUCCGGUUGUGCAUGCUGGCAGGAGGGAGCUGAACUCCAACAAGGCUCUGCCACCCUUGGCCUCUCUGGACACAGCCAUCUUUCCCUGUCUGCGGCACUUACGGGAACUCUGCCGGGCGCGCGCUCCCCGAAGGGGACGCGGCAUCUGCCGUGGGCGCCCCAGACGCCAGCCCUCCCCGCAGGCUGCGAGCCGCGUGAGGUGGGGGGCUAGCAGCUGGGUCCAGGUGGCGUUGGCAGCCCAAGCUGGGCGCGUGUCGUGCACCGCAACGGGCUGUCGGGCAGCUCUGCGCCGGGACUGAUGACCAAGCCAAGCGCCUCGGUUUCCCCAUCGGCGAGGGCCGGGCCCAGGGGAGCGAAACCCCCUCGCGCCUCUGCGAAAGCAGCUGCCUCACCGAGCAGCAGCGUCGCAAAGCGUUUCGCCACGCUGCCGCCUCCGGCGCGGGGAAGGGAGAGCCCGUGCGGCUGCUACGGCGCGGGCAGCCCUUGCGCGGCUGCAGCCGCCCCUGCCCGCCGACGGCGCUGCCCUGGUCGCAGCUUCCCACGUCUUCCUGCGAGAGCCGCUGGCAGAGCUGGCCGCUCCGGACGGCGCCCGGGAGCGGGGAGGAUGGGGCUGGCGCGAAGUGGGCGUUCGCAGCGGCCGUGCCGUGGCCUCCUGCGGGCAUCGCUGGCUGGAGGACGUAGCCGGUUUGGGGACAGCAGGGACUAGCCGUGCUCCUCUGCCCUGCCCUCCCCUUCGGCACCGGGGAAGGGCCCGUGCUGUGCAGUCGGCAUCCCUGGGUCCGCCUGGCGCUCCUCCGUCUGCGGAUACGGGGUACGGACACCUCAAGGGCCUGAGUCCUGCCGCGGGGCUUGGCAUGGCCAGCACCGGGCCUGUCUGUCUAACUUGCUUUGUCCGUUUUCUUUCUUUGCUGAAGCCUAGGUUAGGUCCUGGGGAGCGGAGGGGAAUUUUCUCUUUGCACAGAACAGA